GAGGGGUUGGGUUGCUUACAGAGCUGGCUUGUCGGACACCACUCUUGGCCUGAAAUGUCUGUUUAGAACAGACUGGUUUGCUGAAUUAUCCAGUCCCUGUCCUCAUGGACUUGUGUGAGAUCAGAGGAGGCAGACUGGAUGUGAUUGCAGAGGAAGCUGAGCACCAGGAGUUAAGCAGAGCCACCAUGGCAGACAGAGGAGGGAGGGCGACCCAAGGAGUUUCCACCUUCCAGAGGUUUUCUGUUGACACCAACGAGUCCCUUCAUUUUGAGCCCUGUGAGGACAGCCUCCCAUCUCUCACUGGGGCAGAAGAUGGACUUGAUGAUGACAAUGUGUUCAAAGAGGGAGAAACUGAGGGUGAGAUGGUCACCAUAAGGGAUAAGUUGCAAGGGAAGGUUGCUGAGAUGGAAAACUUUGCAAGUCAUCUGGAGGAAAUCUUUCUCACUGUGGAGGAGAAUUUUGGCCGUCAGGAGCAGCACCUGGAGCAGCACUACAACGAUGUGCUACAGACGUUGUCUCAGCGAUAUGACGAGAGGGCGGCUGGACUGGAGGAGGAGAAGAAGGGCAAGCUGGAGGGCCUGUACAAGCAGCUGCUGGUUUGUGGUCAGGCGAUGGACGCCUCCAAGGAGCUCAUUGAGUCGGCCCAGGAGGUCUACCGCAGCCAAGACAAGAGGCUGUUCCUCAAGGCAGUUAUGCCCACCAUUAAAAGAAUCGAGGAGUUUGCAAAAGAGGAUGUUGACCUCACGUUGACUACACGUCUGGAGUUCAACACACCACUCGCUGACAUGUCGGAUGUCAAAACCAUGAUGGACUCCAUCAAUGUUGUUCCAGCUCCAUCUGCCCCGGUAAUCAACCCUCAGAUGCCCAACUCUGGCACCCAGACGUCCCUGCGUGUGUGCUGGAGCUUGUUCUCCGACGACACGGUGGAGUACUACGAGCUUUACUACAGACCAGUGCUGGAGGACACGCCGGCAGACAGCACCUGUGCACCACAUGUGAGCAAUGUGAAAGUGAAGGAGACCCACUGCACUGUGACAGACCUGCUGCCCAACGCUCAGUAUGAACUCUGGGUGACUGCUACCAACACCACAGGCAUCAGCCCGGCGAGCGAGAAGGCCUUAUACAUGACAGUGCCGUCGCCUCCAGUGAUCAAGCAGAGGGAGUGUACUAGCUGCCCAGAGGCUGCUCUGAUCCGCUGGGAGUCCGGGAACACCAACCCUGUGGACUCCUACACUGUGGAGCUCAGUGAGAUGGGUACUAAUGGCACAGAGAGCGGCAUUACUGAGUCUGUAGUAGCCGUGCCCACCUGUCAGUGUCUGAUCCAGCUGCAGACAGGACGCCGUUACCUCAUCUCUGUGAGAGCAGUCAACAUCGGCGGGCCCAGCGACCGGAGUGAAGUUAUUACUGUCUCCACAACAGGAACAUUAUUCCACCUCCUGGAGGACACUGCCCAUCCUUGCCUGUCCAUCUCUGAAGACGGCUUCACCAUCUUUUAUGGAGACGAGGAGCUGCCAAUCAGCGCUAUGGGCUUAGAUAAUAACAACACCUUUACCAGAUGUGUAGCUGUCCUGGGGGAUCUGAUCCCAGUGCGAGGCCGGCACUACUGGGAAGUUGAGGUGGACGAUGGGACGGAAUUUAGGAUCGGAGUUGCAUCCGAGGACACGGAGAGGAACACGUACCUCGGAGCCAACAACACCUCCUGGUGUAUGAGACACAUUCUCACUCCAACCAGACAUAAAUAUGAGUUUCUGCACAACGGUUUGAGUCCUGACCUGAGGAUUACAGUGAACCCAGUGCGGAUAGGAGUGGCUCUGGACUACGAGAGGGGCACUCUGUCCUUUUUUAAUGUGGAUCUGGAACAACACCUACACACCUUCCACUGUCACCUCCGAAAUGAUGUCCACCCCUGCUUUGGCCUGGACAACCCAGGAUUUCUUAUUGUACACAACGGUAUAGAAGCUCCUGAGUACGCGUUCAUCUGACACCAACAGUCCGUAUUAACAUGGAAUAAAACCCAGGGCUGGAAGUAA